AUGAAGGCCGAUCUUGAAUCGGUUGCUGGUUCGCUCAAGACCUACUAUAGAGUGGACAUCAACAACACACUCCACUCUAGCGUGCGUGGACGCUUGCCCACGAGCCAUAUCGCCGGCUUUUACCUACCGGAACAUGCGCUUGCAGCCUUGAAGCAUCUCAGCGGCAACGCAGAAUUGGACGCGCAUUUGAUGUAUACUGUGUACUUCACUACACUCAAAGAGCUCUCCGACGCUGUCAUCGUUAAUGUGGAAGACACCAACUGCAUGUUGCAAGUCGCAGAAGCGAGCGCAGUCUGGGGGAAGCCUCGAGAGGACAUGGUCACAUUGCGCUUAUCGGGAACAAAUCAAAACGAGGUUGUCGACAUGAAGAGGAUACUGGAGGCCAAGCUUUCAGGAAGAAUAGCGACCACGGGACUAGAUGGCCAUGCUGCGCGAUACGAGAUCUGGCACGACUUCUUCGCAACUGCAUCUGGAGCUGGGUGGCUACAAGACCUGGCACGAGAAAACGGUGUGACAAUCAUAAGUGAUAAGUUCCAACAGCGUCUGCGUGUUUAUGAUCCUGAACAGGAUGAUGCACGAAUGGGGCUUGUUGAGCACACCCUUGCAGAGAAAGCCAUCAUGCAGAGCACAUUGGAAGAAACGACCACUAUCAAAUUAACUUUGAAAAACUUCCAAGAGCUUCUUACGUCGGACAAGGUUGCCCGUGCUCGGGUCAAGUUGGGUGAGACAAAAGUCAGCCUUGAUGUGCUAAAGAAAGCACUGGUCCUUCAUUGCACUCAGCAGACCGCCUGGCUGGUUAUAUCUGAGCUAAAUUUACCACUACCACACCACACAUGUCCCCUCUGCGACGAUGCGACAAACGACGUUAAGCUCUCCAACUGCGGCCACUAUGCCUGCAAGGAAUGCUUCGAUCUUCAACUGGAGGUAGCUUCAUCCGAUCUAAGCAAGGAUCACUUUCCGCUACUAUCUAUCGCAACUGUCGAGCGCCUGACUGCAAAGCAGUGUAUCGGCGCGGCGGAUCUCAUGGGAUCUUCACAUGCCUAUGAAUCGCGUGUCCUCAAGAAUGAGCGUAACGAGCAGCUUCUGGACGAGUACAAAGCGGCCGCUGGUACAAAAGAAUGCCGAAAAUGCGCCACACUUAUCGAGAAAGUCGAGGGAUGCAACCACGUCGAGUGCAACGGUUGUCACGGACACAUAUGCUGGGUGUGUCUCAAGGUCUUCUCAGAAGUGGAGGUAGUGUACCAGCACAUGAACGACGCGCAUGGAGGAAAUGGGCUGGUGGAAGGAUCGGAUGACGAAAUCAGCGAGUCGGGGAGUGAUGAAUGGGAGGAUGAAGACGAUUUCGUGGACUUGAUUUGA